UCUGCUGCGCUGUCUCCCUGUACUCUUCUUUUUUCUCAGUCUGGCCGCAGGUUUUGUCCAACAUGAAAAGGACCCAACACACUCUCCUGAGAUCACACUCUCCUGAACCCAGCUGUGUGUCCAUGAAGAGUGACCAGUCCAUGGAUAAUAUUAUUCAUUUCAAAGAUGAACACCACUCAGUCGAUCAAAGGGUCCAGCAAGAGACUUCAGAGGUUUAUUUUGCCCAGGAAAACCAAACAGACCUGGCCCGGAUAUUUCUGCAUCUUGAGGAAAGCAUUGUUACUUUUGUCAAGACUGAGCUACAAUGGGUAAAGAGGGUUCUGAGUCUAGAUUACCCAGAAUGCCUAGACAGUUCGAGGGGGGAUGAGGAGGUGAUGGACACUGAGGAGGAAGAGCAAAGGAGGAUCAGCAGAGAGGCUUUUCUGAAGAUCACAAUGCACUUCCUGAGGAGAAUGAAACGUGCAGAGCUGGCUGAUUCUCUGCAGAACAAAACUACUGCUACAGUAUGCCAACAAAAACUCAAGUCCAAUCUGAGGCAAAAGUUUCAGUGCUUGUUUGAGGGGAUUGCUAAAGCAGGAAACCCAACACUUCUGAAUCAGAUCUACACAGAGCUGUACAUCACAGAGGGAGGGAGUGGAGAGGUCAAUGAUGAACAUGAGGUCAGACAGAUUGAAACAGCCUUCAGGAGGCCAGCAGGAGCAGAAACAACAAUAAAACGUGAAGACAUCUUUAAACCUUUACCUGGAAGAGAUCAACCAAUCAGAACAGUGAUGACAAAGGGAGUGGCUGGCAUUGGGAAGACAGUCUUAACACAGAAGUUCACUCUGGACUGGGCUGAAGGCAAAGCCAACAAGGACAUACAGUUUCUGUUUCCAUUCACUUUCAGAGAGCUGAAUCUGCUGAAAGGGAAAAAGUUCAGCUUGGUGCAACUUCUUCAUCACUUCUUUACUGAGACCAAAGAAGCAGGAAUCAGCGGGUUUGAGCAGUUCCAGGUUGUGUUGAUCUUUGACGGUCUGGAUGAGUGUCGACUUCCUCUGGACUUCAAGAACAACCAGAUCCUGACUGAUGUAACAGAGUCGACCUCAGUGGACGUUCUGCUGACAAACCUCAUUAGGGGGAAACUGCUUCCCUCUGCUCACCUCUGGAUAACCACACGACCCGCCGCGGCCAAUCACAUCCCUCCCAGAUGUGUUGACAUGGUGACAGAGGUGAGAGGCUUCAAUGACCCACAGAAGGAGGAAUACUUCAAGAAGAGAUUCAGAGAUAAGGAACUGGCCAUGACAAUCAUUGGCCACAUCAAGACAUGGCAAAGCCUCCACAUCAUGUGCCACAUCCCAGUCUUCUGCUGGAUCACUGCUACAGUUCUGGAGGAUGUGUUGGCAGCAGAGAAAAGAGAAGAGAUCCCUAAGACCCUGACUGAGAUGUACAUCCACUUCCUGGUGGUCCAGACCAAACUGGGAAAUGUCAAGUAUCAUGGGAGAACUGAGACAGAGCCACUCUGGAAUAUUGACACUAAGAACAUUGUCUCAUCUCUGGGAAAACUGGCUUUUGAGCAGCUGCAGAAAGGCAACCUAAUCUUCUAUGAAGCAGACCUGGCAAAGUGUGGAAUUGACAUCACAGUGGCCUCAGUGUACUCAGGAGUGUUCACACAGAUCUUCAAAGAGGAGCGUGGACUGAAUCAGGAAAAGGUUUUCUGCUUUGUCCACCUAAGCAUUCAGGAGUUUCUGGCUGCUCUUUAUGUCUUUCUGUCAUUUAUGGACACUGGUGUAAAUCUACUGAAGGCAAAACAUUUCACCUCCUCGCCAUCCAAACCAUACAGAAUGACAUCUAACAUAAAAUACCUCUACCUGAUUGCUGUGGACACAGCCUUAAAGAGUCCAAAUGGACACCUGGACUUGUUCCUCCGCUUCCUCCUGGGACUUUCACUGCAGACCAACCAGACUCUCCUACGAGGCCUGAUGACACAGCCAGAGAGCAGCCCGCAAACCAAAAAGGAAACAGUCAAGUACAUUAAGAGGAAGAUCAGGAAAAACCCCUCUCCAGAGAGAAGCAUCAAUCUGUUCCACUGUCUGAAUGAGCUGAAUGACCAUUCUCUAGUGGAGGAGAUCCAACAGUACCUGAGAUCAGGAAGUCUCUCCACAAAGAAACUGGCCCCUACUCUGUGGUCUGCUCUUGUCUUCAUGUUACUGUCAUCAGAGGAUGAUCUGAACAUGUUUGACCUGAAGAAAUACUCUGCUUCAGAGGAGGCUCUUCUGCGGCUGCUGCCAGUGGUCAAAGCAUCCAAUAAAUCUCUGUUGAGCAGCUGUAACCUCUCAGAGAGAAGCUGUGAAGCUUUGGCCUCAGUUCUCAGCUCCCAGUCCUCCAGUCUGAGAGAGCUGGACCUGAGCAACAACGAUCUGCAGGAUUCAGGAGUGAAGUGGCUCUCUGCUGGACUGAGAAGUCCAGACUGUAUACUACAAGCCCUCAGAUUGAGUGGCUGCAAGUUGUCAGAGAGAAGCUGUGAGGCUCUGGCUUCAGUCCUCAGGUCCCAGUCCUCUAGUCUGAGAGAACUGGACCUGAGUAACAACGACCUGCAGGAUUCAGGAGUGGAGCUGCUCUCUGCUGGACUGAGGAGUCCACACUGUAAACUGAAGACUCUCAAUCUGUCAGGUUGUAUGAUCUCAGAGAAAGGCUGUGCUGCUCUGGCCUCAGCUCUGAGCUCCAACCCCUCCCAUCUGAGAGAGCUGCACCUGAGCUACAAUCAUCCAGGACACUCAGGAAUGAAGCUGCUCUCUGCUGCAGUGGAGGAUCCACACUGGGAACUGGACAUUCUCAGUGUGGACCAUGGUGGAGCGCAGAGGUUGAAACCACAUCUAAGGAAGUUUUUCUGUGAUCUCACACUGGACCCAAACACAGCACACAGAGACCUCCUCCUGUCUGAGGACAACAGGAAGGUGACAGAGGUGACAAAGCAGCAGCCAUAUCCUGAUCACCCAGAGAGGUUUGAGCACAGGGAACAGGUGCUGUGCAGAAAUGGUCUGACUGGUCGCUGUUACUGGGAGGUAGAGAGGAAAGGAGAGGUUUAUAUAGGAGUGACUUACAGAGGAAUCAGAAGAAAAGGCAAGGGUGACGACUGCAGUCUUGGAUUGAACAACAAGUCCUGGAGUCUGUACUGCACUAACAAUAGUUACACUGCUUGGUACAAAAAGAAAACAACAGUGGUGUGUUCCCUGCCCUCCUCUGUCUCUAACAGAGUAGCAGUGUAUCUGGACUGGCCUGCUGGCUCUCUGUCCUUCUACAGAGUCUCCUCUGACACACUGAUCCACCUCCACACCUUCCACUGCACCUUCACUGAACCUCUUUACCCCGUGUUUAGGUUCGGGUUGAGGUCCGGUUCCUCAGCGGCUCUCUGCUCAUCCGCAAGCUGCCCUUCCAGCGCCUCGUCCGAGAGAUCGCCCAGGACUUCAAGACCGACCUGCGCUUCCAGAGCUCGGCCGUCAUGGCUCUGCAGGAGGCCAGCGAGGCUUACCUGGUCGGCCUCUUCGAGGACACCAACCUGUGCGCCAUCCACGCCAAGAGGGUCACCAUCAUCUCUCGGCUCCGGCAGCAGCUCCCCGAGACUCGGUGUGAACGAUGUACCCCGCUUGUCCUUCCAGCCCGGCCGUCUGGGGGCUUGGUGUGCGCAUUGUCUGCUUUUUCCUAAUACAACUCAGUUUGCGCUGGGGACCUUUUACAGCCACAUACCCAUAAAGGUGGGUUGUGAGUUGGACCUGAAAGCGCCGCAGGUGCCUCAGCGUGACGUGGAAGCGGCCACUGUUGAGACGGUGACAGAACCCCCAGUUUGA